AUAUGCAUAUGUGAGUCAAUCACUCUGCAGGCGCGUCUCCAAAUUCCAAGCGCGUGCACUCAGAUAGUGAGAAUGGGUGAUUCACCACACACUGCGCUCUGUCCGGCCCCUGACCGGGGGCCCCGGUAAUCGCAAAGCUUGCCUAAUCACUUUCUCUUUUACCUUCCUGAAGAAGCUGUAUGGAGUUACGUCACACCAGCGCGCAAAAGUGCAGGCCAAGCAAAUAAGCUGCUGAGGAGCUAUUUGUAGGCAUUGCUGCCAAACCCGGGUAAGGCUGCUCACUCUUCUGCGAUCAAUGCUUUAAACUUGCUAUUGCACUAGAAGCAGCAUGCAUUACAUUUCUGAUUUAUUCUGGAAUGAUUCUGUUUGGAGAACUUGACCUGGAUCCGUUGAUGACCGGCGGCCGAUGCGCGCAACGACGCAAUUAGAUCUCAUUCACGCGUUACCGUGAAGGACCGGGACAUGAUGACGAUUCUGCAUGUUUUAGCAGAAAGAUUGUUACUUUUUAUCAUAACUUUCGAUUAAAUUUUUUUUUUCUGAAAUCACCAUGCCACACACUCGCAACAGGAACCCAAGUCCAAUCCCAGAGGUGACAUGGGACACGGGGUUGAAAGAGAUGAACGAGACCUGGAAGGGGGCUAUUGCUUGCUUGGGAGUUGCUAUCUUUUUUGUCAUGACAAUUGGGAUCAUUUAUUGGCAAGUUGUGGAUCAGCCCAACAAGAACUGGAUCCUGAAGGGGAGCUUUAGUGGGCUUAUUUGGGAGAGACGGACGCAAACUCUGGUCAUACAGACACUGACUGAGGACAAGACUUUUGCAGAGAUAGACGUGGAGAACGUGGGGAACACUGAUAUUGAGGUUCCGUUCGUGAGGAACAUGUGCUGGCUUAACAAAACCGAGUUCUGCUACACUUGGGAUUCGGUCGCAGAGGUGAGGAUAUCUUUGGAAUCAGAGGAGGACUCAGAUACUGAGUGUUACAGUGUAACCUGGACUCCAAUUCACUGCCAUGUGGAUCUUAAGGACUGUUUUUCCAUGGUGAAUAUUUCGUGGUACGGAGGAGCCAGUGUCCAUGCUCUCAACUGGCCGAUAAACGAUGCCAACAUUUCCAUGCAGCCCUUCACAGUCAGCGACCUUAGGGACAACCCUUCUGGCUUUGGAUCAGUUUUAGAGCGCUACUUCCUGGGAUCCUCAGGUGUGUCAGUUCUAGUGGCCCCAAACAUCCCACUACAUGUAGGAAUGGAAAGCAGACAGAAUUUCUGUUUGCAGACGCCCCCCAGUAUGGAGCGCAUGCCACUGCAGUACACUGUGUGUGUUGGACACAACAUUAAAGCUGUCCAUCAGGAGUCAAUGCAACAGCUCUCCACAGCCAGACGAGAGCUGCCAAACAUGGAUGUCUUACGGCUGCCUUUCUGGAAGCUUCUAGCAAAUGUGGACUCUGGGGCCAAGCUAGAGAGAGAACUGAGAACCUUCUCAAACCGGCUGAAGCGGCAUCACCUGGGGGAGGGAGUCAUCAGCCUCGACGAACAUUCCACAGCUCUCCUCGCCAACAUGGACCACAGCUACCUCAAUGGAAAGAAAAGGACGUCUAAGAGACAGACCAGGGACCUCCCUUUUGUAAAGCUUCUAAACAUUUCCAUCACCCUGUCCCCGUACCUGAGCGUGGACUCGCAGCAGUUUCAGACCUCCAUUCAAACAGGCAUUGAAGACUACUGGCUGAGCCUGCCCUCAGGACCACAGGGCCGAAUGGUGCCAAUGUUGACUCAGUGGAAAGGAAAGUACAGUGUGAAGCUCAACAUCACCAACCCGGAAGCCACAAAUUGGUUUCUGGACAAAGUGGACAGCUUACAUAGCCAUUUGGGCAUGGAGUAUGUCAUCCUGGAAGGCGGCGAGGGAAACCCUUUCGAGGAACAGGCCCUGCGCCCCCCUCUUGCAUUGGUCGGGGAUGAAUAUAUCAGACUCCUUGCUGACCUGGCAGAGAAGAUAGGGGACAAUACCAUUGUAACCUCAGGAACAAGGUCCAGCCAGAAGCCGCUCUUCAUCCGUAUGAGCGCACUACAGUCAGACUGGAGUUACUCCGGCCUCAAGGGCAUCAUUCCAUCCCUGCUGCAUCACAGUCUUCUGGGAUAUAAUUUUUUCAUUCCUGAUGCAGUAGGAGGCUCUCUCUCUGCUGAUCUGGUUGCCGACGACGAGCUCUUCGUUCGCUGGCUGGGAAUCGCAGCCUUUCUUCCUGUCAUCAGCUUCCAGACACCUCCAUGGGUCUUUGAGAAGGAAUGGGUCCUAAACCUCACCAGAUUCUACAUAGCCAAGCACCACGACUUUGUCAUUCCUUUGAUACUGAAAUACACGGAGGAAUGGCAAGAUGCUGGAAACCCCAUCUACAGGCCGCUGUGGUGGCUUAGUCCAAACGACCCAAUCACGUUCACCAUCGAUGACGAGUUCCUCAUUGGAGAUGAGGUUCUUGUUGCUCCAGUUACAGAAAAAGGAGCUUUACAAAGAGACAUUUACCUGCCCGAGAGUGACUUUCAGUGGCAGGACACUAACAAUGCUCAAGUGUUUGAUGGAGGGACGUUUCUGGAAAGUUACCCAGUCGGACUUGGGGACGUGCCGGUUUUUGUACAACGGGGAUCCUGAGGCUUACUUACAACUUUUUUCUGAUUUUGAAAUUUUCAUUCGUGCUGAUCUCAAAUUGCACUUUCCAUAAAGACCAUUAUCUGUGUCUCAAGGAAUCUUGAGAUUAGGUAGAAGCUAAUUUUACAUUUGCACUUUAAAAAUCAAAGUGAUUUAUAUAUUCUCGUGAUUUUUAGAUCCCUCUUGUUUUUCUCCUCUAUUGUUUUGUUAAUUCAUGAUAUUUUGGGGAUUUUUUUUCUUCUUCAGAACGCCGUUUACAUUUGAUAAAUUCUUAUAGCCUCUUAAAGUUAAAUUGUUAUCAUGAUAUGGAGCUAGAAAUCAAACCCUUUGCUUAAAAACAAUCAAUGGAAUUUUACAAAGACCAAACAAUUGAAAAAGUUGAGAAAGACUCUAUAAGGAAAAACCAAUGCGCUAAAUGGAUGAAGAUGAAAAUACCUUAAACAUCACUCAUCUCAGCGGGGUUUCUACUUGAACUUUGCUGAAUAUAUUUGCUGUAGCUUUGUAAUGUUUUAACUGUACCUCAAGUUCUCUUGGUGUUUUUUGACGCAAAUUUUUCGACUGUGAGAGAAGCACUUAUUGAUAGAGGAGACUGAAAUUAAGGGCUUUUAAUGUGAAUAGCACAAUUAUUUUUUACUACAAAACAAUAAUAUUGAAGAUCAGUCAAUAGUAAUAGAAUAUGAGCCAAUGUCAAACUAACUUUUCAUAGCUGUACAGUCUUAGCAACACACAAAGGACAAAUGAUUUCAUAAUAGUCGUUUUUGAGAGAUUUUGAUAUUAUGCUGAUUUUAAUAAUUUGUUUAGCUUCUCACAAUUGACCAGAUUAACCGAUAUGGUAUUUCUAGAUCUUAAGUAAUUCAUACUGUUGCAUAUUAUUGAAGGUAGAAUUAGAGUUUUAUAUUUAUAUCAAUUCAGACUAAACUUGAUCAUUCAUUGACGAUGUCUGCCUUAACUUUGGAAAAACUUUGAUGAUUGUAGUGGCAUUUGUACAUUUUGUGCAAAGUUUAAAAUACCUAGUUUUAUGAAAUAUAGUUGCAAAUUGUUAGAAAGCUGAAUUCUACCAUCACAAAUGAUUUGGGAUAACAGAUGUAGGUUUUUUUUUUUUUUUUUUGACGCCUGAGGGCAACACUUUUUGGUUUGUGGUUUAAAGCGCUCCUAUUAUGCUAUUAGGCUCCUAAAUUCUUUAGAAUCGGUUUACAUGAAUCCAAGGUCAAAAAACACUUUAAUUUUCACAUAAUAUACAUUGCAGCAUCACCUCUUUUCUUAGUGUCUGAAACGCAUAUAAACAUAUAAACGCAACCAGAGACAAUGGGAAAACAUACGGAGAGCAGCAGCUUUCGUUUCUGCUCUGACAGCUGCAAGACCAGCUGAACUCUGUGAGUGUGUGUUAGAAAUCAGUAAUGGUGAGAGAACAUUGUGCUUAGUACAUUUUUCGUCUUCAGACCAAACCUGGUUCUUAAGCUGAACAGUUUAAAUCCCAUCUGGCUAGCCUGCGUCCAAUAAUGUUUAUGCAUUUAGUUCAGUAUGCUCAUUUUGACAAUUACCUUGGAAGUGGUCGAAAGUGGACAAGCUAAAAACGUUUUAGACCCCAUUUACACCUGUAUUUAACGUCAUCCACUUGUGAUCCGAUCAACCAAAACGCAUCUUAAUACCAGCUGUAAACAGGGCCUGAGAGCUAACUCUGCUCUAAAAGGCCCAGUCUGUUGUGAUUAGUCUACCGUAGUGUUGUCAAAAGUACUAACUUCGGUACCAAAUCGGUACUGAAAUUUUAAAAAUGUGGCACUUUGAGUGCUGUUGAGUGGAUUUGAUUGGCCAUU